AUGGUUCUUCAACACUCAACUACGCACACAUACUCGCAUCCCUUUCCGACCGUCACCCUCGCCUACUUUCUUCGCUAUUCAUCGCCACGUCUGAACCCCUUCGCCACCCACGUCCUCAGCACCGACACCAUCUCCAGCCAUGUCGACCCAGAAACACAGCGUCUCCAUACGACGAGGAUUCACCUCAAGAAAAGCCGUAUGCCUGGCGCGGUAUACAAGCUCUUGCCAACGAGCAUGACAGGUGGCGGUUCCGGCGACAAGUCAAGCUACGUUCUCGAGACCAGUAUUGUGGACAUUCGGGAAGGCUGGAUGAGCACCGAGUCGCGCAACCUCAAUUUCACUGGCGUGCUGUCCGUCGUAGAGCGGCAGCACUUUGCCAUCCCCACGAACCGUGGCAUCACAAGCGAGACUGAUGUCACCACCACGGUCAACUUCCGAUCAAGGAUUGGCGAGAAGCUGCGAGACAAAUUCGGCCAGGCCCAAGCCCAGAGCGACGGUUGGUUCUUUUCCGGCUGGGGCGCGAAAAGGAUUGGCUCCACGAUUGAGAGUCUCGCGUCGAACAAGACGCAGGACCAGAUGGGUAAAAGCCGCGAUGGGAUGCGCCUGGUUCUGGAAAGAAUCCGCAAUACUGGGAUGAUCGGAGUCCUGGAAACCCUGAGAAGGGAGCGACAAAUCCAGGCUUGA